CAAAUCUACAUCUGGUUUUUGUGAUUCUUGGUGAAUGAAUUCUACACCUGUAACCAAAAUACAUUAAUUUGUCAUUCGAUGUCAUCUACUUCAAAUAUAGAAUGCUUAGAUUAGAGAGGUGGAACGCCGUCCCUUUUCAGUUAUAUACACGUGAAGUAGGGCAUAGGAUGGCUCCCCGUUCAUUGAUGAUGGCAGUGGAUGAACUUGCAACCUUGAAUGAGCCUCUAGGCUUGCCGUCGACAAAAGAAACACAAGGCAAAUGGGAAGGCAAGGCCACGGUUGAGCUUAAAGGCCCAACAGCAGACCAGGUAUGGCCUUUCUUGGCGGACUUCUGUAAUCUGCAAAAGUGGCUUCCUGGUGUGGGUACAUGUUACCAAGUUGAGGGUGAGCUAGGACAACCUGGCUUGGUUCGGUACUGCAGUUCUGGCACAGCAUCAUCGGAUGGGAGCCAUGAAGAGAGUAAGGUCAUCUGGGCCAAAGAGAAGCUAAUAAUGAUCAAUCCAAGCGAACGGUGUCUAAGCUAUGAGAUCCUUGAAAAUAACGCUGGAUUCAAGUCAUAUGUGGCCACCAUGAAAGCAUUUCCAAUCAACGAUGGAGAUGAAGAUGGAGAUGGUCAACAUGGGUGCAAGAUCGAGUGGUCCUUCAUUGCUGAUCCAAUUGAAGGGUGGCCAUUGGAGGAUUUCAAUUCUUAUAUCAAUUCCUCUCUCCAGUUCAUGGGACAAAAAAUGGAACAGGCUGUCCUAUCUGGGUAACUUAAUUUAAGAAAUUAGCAUGUCUGAACUGAAAUUUUAUUCUUAAUUGAAUAAGUACUGCUAUUAAUGUUAAUUAUCGUCAAUUAUAUACUAUUGACUUAAUUAUGUGGACAAA